GUUGUGUGGUGUAUAAUAUGUUUUGUGCUCAAACAUUUUUAACGGUUUUUUCUCACCCUGUUUUUAUUCGUUGUUUAAAAACUAUUUAAAAGUGUAUCCUGAAUGAUAGUUAAUCUUUGAGUAAUAAUUGUGUAACGUACCAACAAGGUUGCUUGUAUGCAACGAAGCAGUUAUGGGAAUAACAAAUAGCAAAGUAGGAAAACAACUGGACAAAGAAGUGCCUCAUGAAGCAAGCAUCCCUUCAACUCCAAUAAUAACGCCGUUAGCAAUAAGAAAAAAUGACUGGGAUCCUCGAUCUCCCAGUGCUAACAUCGCUAGAACACCAUUGGAGAUUUUAAGUGCCGCGGCAGAUAAGUUGGAGGAACUCUAUGAAGACAAUGCAACUCCACUAAAAAGUACCGCAUAUAUUCUUGCUGACGACCCUCGAUCUCCAACAACUGAGUUCAAACGAACUCCAAUCAUUGUCAAUGAUAAGGAAGACUUGUUGAAGAAGGUUCAUACUAAAAAUUUGGAAAAACGGCUGCAGGGCGAUGUUGAUUCGGUAAACCCAACGAUAAACCAUAUUACUAAACGAAAUAUUGUACCACCAAAAUUAUUGGAGAGUAGUCCUAUAAGGCCAAAACCAGACUCUUGUAAGAGGAAAUCGUUUGUUGGUUUAUUGGAGACUAACAUUGAUUACACAGAAACUGACAUAGAUGUUGCAUUCCAAGAGAAAUGUAAAGUUGCGUUAGAUACUCCUAAGAAAAUUGCUAUAGUUGAAACUAAGGAUAUUGAUCCUAGAUCUCCGACAACCGAUUUCUUACGUACUCCAAUUCAGAAUGUCAGAAAAAUAGGAGAAAUACAGUUGGAUGCAGGAGAUAACCAAAGUGAUGUGGAGAUGAUGAGGAAUAUACUUGAUGAAAUUGUAGAUAAAGUAGUGAACGAAUGUGUAAUAGCACCUGAUGAAGUCGAACCAGACGUAGAACAACAGCUUAGUACAAAUGUAGAUGUACUUGUAGGUGACAGUCCAAAGAUACUUGCCAAAGAGGCUAUAGAGCCAAAACCAGCUGAAACUGAGUUUGAACAGUCUAUACCAAUGCUAGAUGAUCCUAAUGAAACAUUGAUAUUAGGAGGACCACUGAAUGUAACUCCUGAGAUAGAUCAAAGGGAACUAAAAUCAGCUCCAGUAACUCCUCCAGCAGCUAAAAAUAUCAUGGAAGAAACAUCAUCAGUUAAACAAACCAAGUCUGCUCCAAUAUCACCUUGUGUUAAUAUACAAGAAGAUCUAAUGGAGUUUGACAAGAAACUGACAGAUCUAAUAUAUGAAGAUGCUGAUGUAAGUGUUUAUAGAAGAGUAGCAACUUUAAAAGAAUACAAUAUCAGGUCUCCUUUGCAAAAUUUGAAUGGUGACGCAGGAAAGAAAAAGCUUGUUCCAAAGCUGAAAGUCAGUGACAGGCCAAGAAAGUCCUAUUCUAAUGAUGGUGCUGUCAGCAAAAUCCCUGUUUUCAAGGAGAAAGGAAAGAAACAUGUGCAGUGUGAAAACACUCCGCCAAGGAACAUAGAAAAGAAAAAGGUCAAACCGAAGCCACAAGCUUGCCUGUGGGAUAAAGAUACCACCCUUUACCUUUAAUUCUAGUUUAAUGUUAUGAUUUACUAGUUCAAUGGUUACUUCAUAUUUAUUAGUGUUUCCUGGAAAAUGUUUCAGAUGUAUAACAAAAUAAUGGAAUCAUACCAUCAUUUCUUGACUCGAUGAAUUCAUGGCAGGAUGUAUCAAAACUAUAAAUGCAGUAGUUAAGUGUAUUUCUAAGUCAGUUUCAAAUAUUGAGUCCUUCAAUCCCAAGUUUAAAUGGGAUAUUUUCUGCCAGUAGUUGUGUAAUUUUAGGAAGUAUGUAUUUGUGUGAUUAUAGGAAAUUCCAGUGUUCUUCUAAUUUAAUUUGUUUUUGUUCAUCGUACUAUUUGUUCUUAGUUUACCAGUUGUAAAUAUACUUGUGUGAUAAUAAAGCUUAUUUUUGUAUGAGGUACUUUAAAAAAAAAAUAUUUUUGCUCCUCUCCGAUCAUUUAGCAUAUUUGUAUCGGUAUUUUGUUUUGAACAAAGAAAGUUUGGGAGCAUUGGUCAAGAGAAUACAAUAUUUAAUAGAAGUGAAGUAAGUUAUUGAAUAUAGUAGAAAAAUAAUAUGAAGUUGUGGUGACAGUAGCUUAUAAUUUCCAAUUAAAAUAUUUUUGAUCAUAAUUCAAUGACAAUAAUUGUGCACAAAAUCAAGCUCAGUCAUCAUCUGAGUCUUCUUUCUUAGCUUCAGUUUCAGGAUUUUCCUGUUUAUAAUGUCUAUAUUCUGUCUACAAAAUAAUGGAAUCAUACCAUUAUUUCUUGAUUCGAUGAAUUCAUGGCAGGAUGUAUCAAAACUAUAAAUGCAGUAGUUAAGAGUAUUUCUAAGCCAGUUUCAAACACUGAGUCCUUCAAUCCCAAGUUUAAAUGGGAUAUUUUCUACCAGUAGUUGUGUAAUUUUAGGAAGUAUGUAUUUGUGUGAUUAUAGGAAAUUCCAGUGUUCUAAUUUAAUUUGUUUUUGUUCAUCGUACCAUUUGUUCUUAGUCUACCAGUUGUAAAUAUCCUUGUGUGAUAAUAAAGCUUAUUUUUGUAUGAG